UAGCCACAAACAAGUUCAGAUUAGAUUGAAGGGAUGCAGGAGACUUCAUGGUGUACAAUGGCACACUGUGAGGAAUCUAUUUAGAAUAUUACAGGUCCCACCCCAGGACCUACAAACCCCCUUGGUCCAACUCUACAACACACUCCUGCUCCCACACCCGGACCAGCACCAAGACCCACUCCUGGUUGUUCUCCAGUAUCUGUACAGUUCUACAGUAGGAUCACACAUCUCUGCAACUUCUGGUUGGCUAUUUCAUAGCUAUCAAAACUGACUAUUUUUGCCUCUCAUAAAGUAAAGUUAUGCAUACUAGCUAGCUAGCUAGCUAGCAUAGUCUACUACAUGUAGUAGUUGUGCAAAACAGAUGUGAUUUGAACCAGUUACCCCUCCCCUUAACCCCAAACUUGAGGGUCAUGGUACAAGGCCGCCAUCCCCCCUAAGAUGGGUGUUUCAUGUGCACAAUUGUAGCCAGCCGCGCUCCAAAACACCCUUCGGCGCCAAGCCGUCCCGCCUUUUAGCGGAGGGAGGUCAUUUGGUCAUGAAAAAAGAGGCAAAAUCGACACACAAACCAACAACAAGACACACAAACUAGCUAGAUAGCGGUAGCCUACAACGCACUCAGCGGUAGCUAGUCAACAACAACAAACUUAAGACUGACAGAUCUCCUUGGCUUGGAUAGAACGCCUUAUUUCUACGCAGCGUCUUACCAAGCUUCUACGGUUUUACACUUGCAGUUCCUUAGCCCUUACCCGCAUUGCUACCCCCACGGAUCCAUCCAAUACCGGUACCAGCCCUGUACCAGCCCUGUACCACCGUAUAUCACUCAGACAUUGAUAUCUCUCUCAGAGAGGAAGUUCACAGCCAGAGGUACUCACUCUCAUCAAUUGAGGGUAAGAAUAAACACCGAGUUACGUCUGUCCUUGGAACAAAUCAGGUUGGCAUCAGCAGCAGACGUAAUUGACUCGAUUCAAUUCAUCCAUACAGAUACCUUUAUUGAAGAUGCCAAACACUCGAGCAACGCCCCCAUCAGCUCGCUCUGAGCGCCUUGCGAAGCGCAAGAUAGAAACCGAACAAGAGCAAGAGGAAGCAAAGAAGGCCAAGACUUGGAAGGAGGAAGAAAACGAAGAUGAAGAGGAGGAAGAAGAAGAAGAAGAAGAAGAAGAGCAGGAAGAUCAGAAUGAAGACGACGAAAUGGCGGUGGAUGAAACAGAACAGGAACGCCUGGAAAAGGAAGAAAAAGAACGGAAGCGAAAGGAGCGGGCCCUUAUACGACAGAAAGGCAAGGCUAUCUUGGAUGUUGAUUUUGUGCCUGAAGCAGCGCCCACUGCCAUUCUUGCAGAGACCAAGCCCAAAAAGGGUCCCAUCAACUCCGGAGUCACGCCUUUGUGGACGUUUAUGAUUGACAAGCUCAAGGCAUACAAGGAAAAGCACGGCAACACUCGUGUGCCCCCAAAAUAUGCAGAAGAUGCUGCCUUGGGCACCUGGGUCAAGCAGCAACGACGCACUUACGUGAAGCAGGGAUUGUCAGAUGGCCAGCGAGUGUCCUUGGAAAGCUUGGGCUUUGAGUUUGUCAUUGACGACGAUGAACUUCCUGUCUUGACCUGGGAAGAGAGCUUUGAGCAAAUGAAAGCAUUCAAAGCAAAACAUGGGCACACAACAAUCCCAAACAAUUACGAAGAAGUGCCCUCCUUGCAGUUCUGGUGCUUUUACCAACGGGAAAUGUACCGCAAGCAAAAGCUAGACCAAGAAAAGAUCUCCAAGCUGGAGAGCCUGGGUUUCUCGUGGGAUCACACGUGGACAACGGAAAAGGCAAAGCCCAAAACUUUGGAAGAGAUUUGGCAGAUGCAGUACAGCAAGCUCAUGGUGUACAAGGAAAAAGAAGGACACUGCAAUGUACCAGGCAACUAUCCAGUCGAUCCUAGGUUUGGAAGAUGGAUCGAGACACAGCGGACCACGUACAAACGAGGCCAACUGUCAGAAGAGCGGAUCGGGCUCUUGGAGGAUAUUGGUUUUGAAUGGUACCGAAUUAGAGGUCCCAAGCUAGGAACGGCAAAGCCUCCCGAUACAGUCGGCAAAUCACAAGAGGAAAUCUGGCAGAUGAGAUUGAAGGAGCUCGAGGUAUUCAAGUCGCAGAACGGGCACACAAAUGUACCGCUUACGUAUUAUGCAAACCCGAUCCUUGGUCGUUGGGUUGGAACUCAGAGGACUGCCUAUCGCCGCCAACAAAUGGCUCAAGAUAGGAUCGACGGUCUGGAAUCCCUGGGGUUUGAGUGGCGAAUCAAAGAUUCCCAGGCAGCAAAUGCAAUACCCGAAAAUGAUCCCAACUGGGACGCCAUGUACGAGAAACUCGAAGCCUACAAAGAGGAAUUUGGUGACGUGAACGUCCCUAGGGGUUAUGCACGAGAUCAAGUCCUGGCGCGAUGGGUUCAGGCCCAGCGACGUGCGCAGCAGAUCGGGAAGAUGCCAGAGGAUCGAAAGUCUUCACUCGAUGCAAUCGGCUUUGACUGGGAUUACACAGAGAAGCGAGCUGCUAGCAACGUUGACUCUAAUGCGGCUAUCUGGUCUCUUCAAUAUGAAAAGCUGAAGCUUUUCAAGGAAUUGAAUGGACACUGCAACGUGCCAAAGGACUACAACAUCGACCCCCAGUUUGGCCGCUGGGUCCAGACUCAGAGGACAACGUUCCGACGCCAAGCACUGUCCGAGGAGCGGCAGAAGCUACUCGAGUCCCUGGGUUUUGAAUUUCGAGUUCGUGAAACCCCAAAUCUCAACGAACAAACUGAGAUUUGGCAGAUGCAGCUGGAAAAGCUCAAGAUCUUCAAGGAGGCAAAUGGUCAUUGCAAUGUGCCGUCGAGCUAUAUAGUGGACCCUGCCCUUGCCCGCUGGGUGUGCACACAACGCACAACCUACCGUCGGAAGCAGAUGCCAGAGGAGAGGACCCAGGCUCUUGAAUGCAUUGGUUUUGAAUGGAGAUUGGGCCCACCUUCAAGAACUUGGGGAGAAAAUUUCGCCCUCUUGAGCGAGUUUGCGAAAGAGCACGGCCACCCUCAUUACGGCCGUAAAGGCACCGGGGAUAAGACUUUGCAAAAUUGGGUUGUUACCCAACGCCAGAAGUUCGCCAAGGGCCUGCUGUCGACUGAGCAAAUUGAUCAGCUGACCCAACUUGGUUUCGCAUUCACAGUAGAACAGGAAAAACUCCUGCUUUGGGACCAUCAAUUCGACAAGCUGAAGGAAUUUCAGGGACAAAAUGGCCAUUGUGGUAUCCCAAGUAACUUUCCGGAGGACCCUGAGUUGCUUGAGUGGAUCUCACAACAGCAUACCUUGUACUUCGGCAAAAAGCUACCCCAAGAGAAGGUCGAAAAACUGGUUUCUAUUGGUUUCAUUUUCAACAAUGAUGGCAACGCUGCGGACGGGGAAGAAAAAAAGCCUUCGGGCACGCGUGUCUCCUGGAACAAGCAUUUCGAAAGUCUUAAGACCUUCAAGGAAAUCCAUGGACACACUCGAGUCCCGCUCAAUUAUCCCGGGGACCCUCGUCUUGGACGCUGGGUAAACAAUCAACGAAAGCUCCGUGAGAAGGGCCAGGGCCCUCGCGAAGAUCGGAUGGAACGUUUAAACGAAAUAGAAUUCGAUUGGACAACAGACGGUUUGCCUGCUGUGGCACCCCACGGUGUGCCUGCUGCAGCUGCUGCCCCUGGGGCCACUCCCACUAGGGACGUGGACGUUUUGCUGGACGCAGCUAGCGCAGCCAGGGCACCCACAGGCGCGGGAACCCCUGCGAUCACAUGGGCCCGCAAUGAUUCGCAUAGGAGCAAGGCACAGACUGGCGUAACACAAAUGGCUGUACGGCUCGAAGUUGAGCGCACGAAGCUUGACAAUGAAAACAAGCAGCUCAAGCGCAACAACCAGAAGUUGCAGGCCUUGAAUGAUAGCCUCGCAAAACGUUUGGCAGAGGCUGAAGCUGAAUUCAAGGAGCAAGCAAAGGAGCUCAACGAGAAACUUCAGUACUACGAUGAACAAUUUCAAACGCAGCAGGCGACACUGGAAACUCAGGGUCAGCAGCUCGCCCAGUUACUCCAACAGCCUGGCGCCGGCCGAGAUCGCCAUGAAGAGCAGAUGCGUGAGACAUCCGAGACGGUCCAAAGCCAAGGAAAUCAAUUGUCUCAACUCGCGCAACAAGUUCAGGAUAUGCGCCAGGUGCAGUACACGCUCCAGCAUCAGGUCGGACUGCAGAAUCUGUCUUAUCGCUUAUAGACAAGUAUUGCAGCGAAAAACACACAAUCAAAUCGGGGUACCUUUGCUUCCUCUGGUGUCCUCUAGGAGUAGUCUAUGUCUGCUUUUCUUCAAUACAGGCAUGAAACUAUGAUUAGAUAAUGAAGUCUAGCUAGUACAUUGUAGGAACAUC